AUGAAGCAACCACUACAAAGUCGAUUAAUAAUCCAGGAUGCAAGAAGAAAAAGUUUAAGUGCUAUAGCUUUUCUAGACCCAUCGCCAAAGUAAAUCACUAUAAGGAAGGCACCUAUAGAAGCAUUCAAAAAUAAGGAAAAUAUUAAUAUAAAUGAAACAUAAAAGAACAAAACUCCUCAAAAUGCUAAUAUAGAAGAUAUUAGAAGAUAAAUUAACUAACCUAUUAAGAGAACAACUCAAUAAUAAAAAACCAAAUAAAAAACCAAAUAAACAUUGUCUGUGAAGAAUAAAUACAAAUCAAUGAUAACCAAGUUAUUGUACUAAAAGGAAUAAGAAUAUCGGAUAAAUCCAUUAUUUUUUGAUCAUCAAACAAGCACAACACCAAUUAUGAGAUCCAUCUUAUUUGAUUGGAUUAGUGAAGUUUGCAAAGAAUUCACUUUAAAAAGAGAGACCUUUCCUCUUUGCGUUCACAAUUUAGACAGAUAUAUUUCAAAAAUUAAAAUCUCUAAAUAAGAACUAUAAUUACUAGGUUUAGCAAGUCUAUCUAUUGCAUGUAAAACAGAAGAAAUCUAUCCUCCAAAAAUUAAUGAUUUCUCUUAAGCCAAAAGAAUAACAUAUGCUCACUUAACAAAAAUGGUUGAUAAAUCCUCCUACACUUUACCUUUGGAUUUAUCUCAAUUGGACAUCUAUUAUCCUUAACCAAAACUGUAGAUUAAAUAACCUACACAAAAUUCGUACACAUUAUUUCGACAUUAUAUAACCUUGCUUGAUUGUGCAAUCUUAGAUAUUAAAUUAUAUUAAUUUUCAAAUAGAGAGAUUGUUGCAUCUCUUCUUUAUUUGGUUUUACUGAAAUAAUUUAGUGGAAGCACUUAUUAAAGAAUAGUUGAAAAUAAACUCUAAGAAAGAGAUCUUUUAGAUUUUCAACAUAUUUAUACACCGUUUAUUGAAUUAGUUUUUGGAUUCUAAUUAACUUAAUUGGCCAAAUGCAUCAAAUACUUAACCAAACUUUUGACACUUGAUAUUAUUGUUGAUUAGCAUGGAUAAUUCAAAGUUAAUGCAGAAAGGGAAUUCGAAGAAGCUUAUGAGAAUUUUUUAUCAAUUUAAACACACAAUCCAGCUAAUCUUUAAUUCAUUAGAUAAUGA